AUGUGUCUUGCUUGGUAUAGUCUUGACGUCUUCUUCACCGCCUCCACAAUAAUUCAUCUCUGUGCAAUAUCACUUGAUCGCUACAUUGCUUUGCACAAUCCCCUACGCUUUCAUUGUCGUCGGCCAAAUCGCUCCCUCGUGUGCAAUAUCUGCAUUGCUUGGGUAGUGCCCAUGGCGAUCGCCGGACCGCUUUUCAUCGCCUCAUUGUAUCUGGACGACACAGAUCUGAUCAGGCGAUCUCAGAGGCAGGAUAACAUUUCCCUGUAUCACGAUUCCACGGUUUGUGAUUCGGAUCAUUCAGGCGAGAUUAAUUUGAGCCAAUCGGAUAUAUUUGCUCAAGACUCUGCGAAUUUCUUGUCACUUUCAGACUCUGAAAUGUCUGUCCAAAUUAAUGCAACUUGGCGUCCAUUGCGGCUGUCCUAUAAAGGCUGUGGGCCGCACAACACCGUAUUUGUCAUCACCUCGGUAACGGUUACAUUCUUGUUGCCUCUCAUCGUGAUGUCCAUCACAUAUAUUUUGACAGUAUUUUUGAUUAUUCGCCGCCAAGAUGGCCAAAAACACCCAUUUUUAAGACUAGAUAGCAACGCCUAUUUGCAUGUGAAACAGGAAAGCAAUUGUAUCAACUUGACGAAUAGUUGCCGUGGGCCAGAGGAAGAAGAGGAGGACCAGAAAGAAGAGAAGGGUGAGGAGAAGAAGAAGAGGAAGAAGAAGAAGAAAAAGAGGCAGGUGAGAGGAGAAUGGGAAAAAGCGAAAUACCAAAAUGGUCUCUUCCGAGCCGCCACUCCGAGGACUUCUUUGCGCUUGAAGACAAGACCAGACGACGGUUGGCUCCACGUCAACACGGAAACUCGUCUGACCCGCUGCGUGGCUGCCUACCGUCUGCCGAUUCCAGUUGUUGUCAAGGGCAAGAGGCAGUCUUGGCGGCAAUGUUUGUGUGCCUGGCCAUUGCAACUGGGCGCAGGCAAGUGUUGGAGUAGGACGGACUUUCAAAUCGCCAUCCCGACCGACCGAAAGAUAGAUUUGCUUAGAUCUCUCGAGUCGCCAGAAGAGGAUUCCUGUCGAAAUACCAUCGUCAUGUUGCUGCAGUGCCAUCAAACCUCGGCUUCCCUUCCCGUCAACUCGAGUUCCUCCACUUUUUCCUCCCUCUACAAGCCGACACUGAGAGACUAUCUUCUCUCGGCCGGUCGUCAUUCUUGCUGUACCACAUCCAACAGUCUUAUCGACUAUUCUUCCCUUCCAACCCCUUCACGACGGUCGUUGCCUCUCCUCCCCGUCCCCUCUUCCACAGCCCGACAGCCCAUGUCCCCGACGUGCAAAAGUAAGACCGGCUCUUUUGGGUCGUCACCCCUCGGAAAUCGGUUGCCGGGCUCGGCCUACUUCUCCGCAGGUACCACAGCAACAGCCUCAUGUCGCCUCGACUCUUGUCAUUCCGGCCACUCCAACUUGUCCCGAGGCCGACGUCACUGGGCCACCGUGAAGCCGAUGGGCAGUUGUCGUGGCCCACGUCUCAGCCUCCUAUUGGCUGCCGGGCGGCCUGACCACCAGAACCGUUUGCCCAGCGUCACGGCGUUGGGCGACUCGUUGGCCAAGAGCCGACGCGCCGUCAAGGUGCUGGGCAUCCUUUUUGCCAUUUUCGUCUUCUCCUAUUUGCCCUUCUUCUUCCUCUUUCUGGUCGACUUCUUCACGCAGACCAUCCCAGUUUGGCUGCUGCAACUCUUCGAAUGGAUCGGCUACUCGGCCUCGAUGCUCAACUUGUUCAUUUAUCACAUUUUCAAUCCAACCUUCCGACACGCCUUGAACCGCAUCCUGCGAGGCCAUUGCCGUCCGAUACGCAGGCGUCUUCCUCGCUUCUUCGCCCAUUCUCAGCGCCAACUCUCCUCUUCUCAACACUACACCCUAAAGCCAUCCGGCUUGAUUACUUGUUGUGCAUGA